AUGGUGGAGAGUAAUGACAAUAAAUUGGCUGGGAGUGUGAAAUCCAAGAAAUCGCAAUUCCUUGUCCGCCAAUUUGAGAACACGAUGAAAAGUGUGAAGAAUGUGCUUGGGAGACGGCGGAAGAAAGUUGGAGAAGCAACAAUGCAGGCUAAAGAUCUUGCUGGGAACACUUGGCAGUACCUGAAAACGAGCCCCAGUCUAGCUGAUGCUGCCUUGGGAAGAAUUGCACAAGGAACAAAGGUUCUAGCUGAAGGUGGUUAUGAGAAAAUAUUUCGACAAACAUUUGAGACAGUUCCCGAGGAGCAACUGCAAGAUACAUAUGCAUGUUACUUAUCCACAUCCUCUGGUCCAGUAAUGGGUGUAUUGUACGUCUCUUCUGCUAAGCUUGCAUUUUGUAGUGAUAAUCCACUUUCAUAUAAAGCUGGUGACAAGACUGAAUGGAGCCAUUAUAAGAUGCUCUACUAUGUUCUCUCUAAAAUGGGCUUUUUAUGUGGUUGUGUUCCUUUUUCUUUCAUUGUGACGAAUAAUUUAUUUUUGAGCUACCAAAUCUUCAUCCGGUCAUUACAAGAUAUAGUAUACAUUAAACAUACGAGAAUUUUGCAAUGA